AUAGUUUUGCAUUUAUCAACUCACAAAUAUUUUAAAUAAUAAUCCAUCGAAAUGACUCAGACCAUUACGUAGUAGUUUAUGUCAUACAGUGGAUUUUGUUGAUAACCCAAUCACUGUAUUUUAGGUGGGAGUACGUUUGUACCUCGUAGCUCAAGAUUAUUUUACAUAUGUAUGCUGCCUCCCAGUUUGUUAAUGAAUAGAAUUAACUAGUCACUCGUGGUGUGCUGCAUAUUCUGAGCUUUUGCAACGCCUGACUACUGAUAAAUUGGAUUUAACCUUAUCAUCAAACCUCGUUUACUCCAAUGUCCCGACUUUGAAAGAAAAUCUUGCUUUGCUGGCCAUGACAUUAUACACAAUAUAAGCAUGAGCAGCGCAUGUUUGCCUUUGUAGAUCAAGAUAACACCUACAUAUUAAUUAUUUUAUGUAUGUACCUAUGUAUGCACGACGGUGUACCACUCCGAGUUGAUAAUGUAUUGUCGCCUCUCUCCAUAAAUGAUAAAUAUAAAAAAUCCUUGUUUUUGGUUUCAAAACAUUAUUUUUUAAUUCUACAAAAUGGCCACUGCAAAUUCACUAAAAUUUGUCAAAGCUUCACCAACGAGUAAUUCUAAUAUUAGUGAGCCAAGCCCAACAAUAGCAUAUCAAGACGUAGAAGUUCCACAGUUUAAAGUUGGUGACCACAUCCUUUGGGCUCCGGGAGGUGAAUCCUUACCAAAAUCAUUAGAAAAUCCCAAUUUUGGAGUUGGGAUUAUUCACAGGAUUGUUCAUUAUGUCAGUCCAAAAACGAGGAAGGCGUAUUUGUUGGCCUUCGUAUACUUUUACGAGUGGGUACCAGACGCUGUUGAAGUCACUUGGCCAGAUGGAGACAGUUACUUUAGACUUUUGGUCCCAAUCUCCGAUCUUCGACGAUUAGACCAUCAUGAACCUCAAAAGCAGCAGACGAAUCAAAUAUUGACAGGAAAUAAGUCUCAGUCUCAAGAAGUUGUCUUUCGACCUUGCGUUUUAAAAAAUACAUGCAAACAUCUUCAUCCACUGAUUCCUGAAAAUACUACAAUUUUCAACCUGCAUAAUCAACGUUUCGUUAAAGGAGUUGUGACGCAAUUUAGUUCAGCCAGUGACGGAACGCUUUAUGUUGAGGCAGAUUUCGAGUUGGAAAUUUACCAAGACGAAUUAGCUCAUAGUAAAGUAUGCGACAGGAGUUUAUCCAAUUGCGACCAUAGAAUUGCAGUCAAUGUAGCAAAUCUUUCUCAACACUUGUGGAACACUGAGUUCAAAUUGAUGAUCAAUAAUCAACGAGUGAAAUUCGAGGAUUUGUUCAUAAAAAGCAAACCGUCCUCAUCACCUCCUCCUCCUUACUCGGCAGUAGAAGAGGCAAUUCGUCUUCCUCGCGGUCCGCCCUCGCAAACACCAAGCCUUGCGAUUCCUCUUCAAGUUGGUCACGAUAUGAAGCCGGCUCAAAUUUUGUCCCGAGAAUGCAGCAGCAACAAAUCUCCCACAUUACACUCGUCGCCAGUUCUCUCUGACGAUCGGAAUAAAGUUGUCACUGUUUUGAGCGAACUUCGUUCAAAACUUCCUUUUAACAGAAAGAAAAGGACAGAAAAAUCUGAAGAAAAAUUUCCAAAAAAUUCAAUUACCAAAUAUUUGAAUGGUGUGAAAGCACCAAAACCAAUAAACAGCACAACUAAUGGCACCUUAAUUUCAUCUGAAAAUCUCAACGUCUCCACAAAAACGCACUAUGUUGGUGAAUACUAUAAUGAUAUUUCCGAAACAAUUGAAAGCCCAUCAACAGUCCACCAAUCCGAAAUCAACAUCCGUUCCAAAUCUGUCAGUAGCAAUAAGACAAAAAUAAUGAAAAAUACGUCGUUCAGUUCCAAGAAGACGUAUCCAGCCCCACAGCCACCCUCAGCAAGAACAAAGCCACAAACACCCCCCAACUUAAGCGCAGUGACACAACAACACGGUCAUGUGCAGCCAACAGCACCGACAACACAACGGCAAAACUUGCCACCCCCACCACCACCUCCACCUCCACCUCCACAAGCUCAUUUCGAAGCAAGCCGCACAGCACCGUCAUCUAAACCGCUUCCUCUGCCUGAGAGAUCUGCACUUCUCGAACAAAUUAGGCUUGGCAAGUCUUUGAAGCAUGUUGAGCCAAAUAAGAGAAGGAAUGGAGUCGGCAGUGUUCGAGGAUGUGCUCCAUUUGCAGAAAAUGAAAUGAAAAGCUCACAAAAAAACGGGGACAAAGAUGACUUUGCCUCCAUAAUCAUGGGAGCAUUGGCAAAUCGACGUGCCAUGAUUGAUACUGACGACAGCUGCAGCAGCAGUGACGAUGGGAGAGAAUGCGGCAACGCGAGUGAACAUGACGACGAUGCAUGGGAUUAAUAAUUAAGUCAAAGCAUUGGAAAAUUGUCGACAUAGCUUCUGUCGAAUCCUUUACUGUCUAAUUAUCAUUACACGUUUUAUUGAGAAAACCUACAUAUGCUUAAUCCAUAGCCGUAUACACACAUAUUUACAUAGAUCGUGACUACAGUAAAAGUUGUAUUUUCCAAUAAUUUAGAUAAUUUAAAUCAAUAAAUAAGCAAGAAUAUGUCGCACUUGACGCAGGUGCAAUUUGUA